GCUUCUAGUUCUUUGAUCCUUUCCACAUUCAAGUCUUUUAUUUUAAUUUUUUUUUUACUAUUUUUAUAAACUGCAGAAUAGAGACUACGUGUAGCCUAUUAUUUAUUUAUCCGCAUUUUUCUUAUUUGAAUUUUUAUUUUUGCGUAGUAAUUUACACACUCUAAUAAGACAUCAUAUACAUUUUUGUAGGAUCACAAGUGCCACAUAUGAUUCUUAGUUUUACUUUGAUUGUUUUGAUCAUGUUUACAUCCUACAUUGAACACGAGAUGUUGAUCUUGUGACACUAAGAAUGUUUGAAAUUUCCCCCAUCAAACAUCUCUGUGAUGUUCUGCUUUCUUCUGGUCACAUAAAAGCAACAUCAUCCAGCAUCCUCAACUUCUGCAACCGCCACAGAUUUUUGGAUUCAUCCAUAUGAAGCGUGUCUCCUAUGGAAGAGAAAAUGCUUUCUAAGACUAUUCCACAUUUAUCCUUAAUAUAGUGUUGAGUUCUUAACUAACAUUUUUGUUGGAAUGGCACCCUCUGAGUAACCAUCAGUCUUAAGCAAACAGGAUAUAUCAACAUCACACCAAAGGGUAUAAAAGAACCUUCAUUAUACAACGCAAACAUCUGUGGAUUCUCAUAUGCGGCAUUAUCAUAUGAAGCAAGUUGCAAUGACUGUGUUUACAGAUCCAAACACCUCCCAUCACAUAGAUGACUUCAGUGACUUCUACUAUGAAGAAUUCAACGACAGUUAUCUCCAAAACAUCAGCGACUUUGAUUUGGAUGAGAACACGCUUAUUUGUUCACCCAUCACUAUCGCCGAUGCGGUCAACAUCUCAUUCUGUGUCAUCUACGUGCUCAUCUUUCUGCUGGCUGUACCUGGGAAUCUGAUCGUGGGCUGGGUGAUCGGCUCAAACAAACGAGCCCUUUCCUCUUCGGAUGUCUAUUUGUUCAACCUGAUGCUUGCCGACACAUUGCUGGCUCUAAUCUUGCCCUUUUCUGCGGUGUCUGUGGUGCACGGCUGGGUGUUUGGAGAUGCCAUGUGCAAACUGGUUUGCCUGGUGAAGGAAAUCAACUUUUACACCAGCAUUCUGUUCUUGGUGUGCAUCAGCGUGGAUCGCUACAUGGUGAUCGUGCGCGCCAUGGAAUCCCAGAAGGCUCAGCGGCGACUGUGCAGCGGCGUCGCGUGCGGAAUGGUCUGGGUUUUGGGUGGCGUGCUCUCCUUGCCGUCACUUUACAACGAGAAGUUUUAUUCCAAAAUGGGCAAACAGACCGUGUGUGCGGAACAAUUCGACGUGAACAAUGCCGACGAGUGGCGACUGGCCACUCGUAUCCUGAGGCACCUGCUCGGCUUUCUGCUUCCUCUGGUGAUCAUGCUGAUCUGCUACAGCGUGACAGUGGCGCGCCUCUUGCGUACGCGGGGUUUCCAGAAGCAGAGAGCCAUGAAGGUGAUAGUGACUGUGGUUGUGGCGUUCCUUUUGUGCUGGACCCCGUUUCACGUUACCACGAUAGUCGACACGCUGUUGAGGGCCAAAGUUUUUCAGUUCAGCUGUUCUACACGGACCUCUGUGGACGUCGCCAUGUUUGCUACGCAAAAUCUAGGCCUCGUGCACUGCUGCGUGAACCCGGUGCUGUACGCUUUUGUGGGGGAGAAGUUUAGAAGGAGAUUUAUGCAAUUACUCCAAAGGAGAGGAGUGCUGGAUCGCUUAUCAAUCUCUAGAUCGAGCAGGUCCUCUUCUGUGCCACUACCAUCGGAAAUCACCUCGAGUUUCCUUUGAGCUGCCGAUAUGAUGGACUUUAACGUUUGUGAAUGAAGACAAACUGACUUGUUUAGUUGGUGUUAGCUCUUGAUAGAGCUAAGGCCAUGGGUUCCAUCCCUGGAAACCUAUAGGCCUAACCGUAUAUCACUUAGAAGAAAAAUGUCCGGCAAAUGCAUAAGUGUAAUACCCUUGCUUGCUUAAUUUUCAACACUGUUGUAUUGGAUAUGUCACAAUGUGUUGGCUCCCUCUAGUGGUCAGAAAGGGCAUAGUCAUUCACAUUUUAGGAGAGUGGCCAGAAGUGGUGCAAAACCUCACUAUAUAAUUACAAUAAGUUACAUUAGCUACCGCCUACACCUACCCCAACCAUAAACCUAACCUUACAGUAAUAAAAAAUAUUAAUCGACUGUUUUCAGCGUGACAAAAAUGAUGCGUGUUGAAGUGCGCAUGCCCAGUGGAGGUAGCUGUAUCCGUUCUAGUCAAAACAGCAGAGAGAAAUGGAAAAAUGAGAAAAUGGUUAAAUUUGGCAGAUGCUGUACAUUGCGGCACACAGCAGUGGUAGGCUAUAAAGAAGUGCUGUUCUAACGUAUUUGAAAUGAUACUUUCAUUAAUAAACAUUUCGGUAUAACAUUCAAAUACGGUAGAACAGCACUUCUGUAUAGCCUACCACUGCUGUGUGCCGCAAUGUACAGCACCUGCCAAAUUUAACCAUUUUCUCAUUUUUCCAUUUCUCUCUGCUUUAAAGUCACCAUGAAACGGAAGUUUCAAUUGACUACUUUUCCGUAUCGUGACGUAUAUCUGAGUGAAACGGCUUCUGAAAUGUGAAAAAAAUGUAGGGCGGGGCGUUAUUUUGCCUUUCGCUUUUUGAUUGGUUUGUUGUAAGUUGGGCUUGGAGGGGAGGGCUAAAAAUGCCUGGCCAUUGGACACUCAGUAAUAGUCCUACUACUACCUCUUUUUUGUUGCUGUACGUCAUGUGGUGAAGAGUUGUUGUUGAGAGGGGGAGAGGAGCUUAAUGUUUUUGAUUAAAGAUUACAAGUGCAAAUUAAUUUUGAAAAAAUAAUGGUGUGCACAGAUAAAUCAUUUAUAAUAAUCACUGCAACACUGUGUAAAACACUUAGAAUUUUCCUGUUUGAUUUCAUGGUGACUUAAGUCUCCCCAACCGGAAACUGCCGAGGGUUCUGAACGUGAAACGCGGAAGUCACGCAUGCAUAUAGCCCAUUGAAGCAAACACUAUUGCUGUCAUCGUUAUAAGACCACUUUGCAAGAUGUAAAUACUGGUCCACAAGCACUUCCGGUUUUUAUUUAUUUAUUUAUUAUUAUUUCUAAUCUUACAUAUGUAAUUAAGUCUUAAAGAUAUUUGUUUAACAUUUUAAAUCUAUUAAAAAUAUUCUGUUGGUCGUAUUGUGUUGAAACGUUAGAGUAGUGAACUUAAGAGUUCAGAUGCAAAACCCUCUAAAUCAGUGGUUCUCCCCCACAAGGGGGCCCCAGCUGACUUCCAAGAGGGCCUCAAGAUGACCAAUAUAUUAAAAUUAGACAAAAUUAGCAUUGAAAUACAUUAAAAACUAUAAAAAAAACUUAUUCUUUUGGCCAAUUUUAUAGUUAAUAAACGUUUUUUAGUUAGCAUUAAGCUCUAAAAUAUUUUAUUAGGUAGAAUUUUUGGGGGGGGUGUGGAAGGGGGACCUUUGAAUAUUAUUGAAUACAAUGGGGUGCCUUGGAGUCAAAAAGGUUGAGAACCCCUGCUCUACAUGCCACCGCUGUCAAAAAUGAGAUUAGGAUGUUGAGUGAAUGCUCUCCAAGAAUUGGUCUGCUGACUGUCAGUAGGCAAUGUACAGUUUAAAACUGUAAGGUAGGCUGUAUGGUGUUUUUUCAAGAAUAUGUAGACUACUUAAAAGGUCAUUGUUUUUUUUAUGUAUUGAUGUAUAGUGUAUUUUUUAAAACAUUUAUUUAAGAAAAUAAAUAAAAAGUCUCUUUCUCUUGACAUGGAUAUUAUUAAUAAACGAUGUAAAUUAAAUGUUAUAUAUAUUUAUAAUAAGAAGACCACAAAAAAUAAAAUUUAUAGUCAAUGUAUUCAUUUUAAGAAAUAACAUGCAGCAGC